CUUAUAGUCUUAUAUAACAGAACGAUCGAAUAUUUUAUGUGCAUUCAACAAUUUCCAAAUAUAAACUUUUGUAAAGCUUGCUAUCAAAUUUAAUCUUUGAUGAAUAUGUAAAUAAUAAAAAAAAAAUCAUCAAAGAUUUGAUGCAUAUUCAAAAACUAAAUUGAUUUCAUUAAAGCCCAAUGAUUUAGCGCGUAUGCUUCUUUCGCUAUUUAUUUUAUUGGCGUACAACGUUAUAACGGGUUUUUUUUUCACGCGUUCCUCGUCUUAACAAGCCAACGGCACUUGGGACGGUUGCUGCUAUAUUAAGCGAAGCAUAAGGCGAUUAGCGUCGUAUUUUUCAUGACAACUAUUUGACGUGGGCGUUGCACGCAUGUACGACCAGGUGCGAGACGCGGAUACGCACCAAAUAUACACACACACACACACAUGUACACACGGGACAGGUCGCGCGCACGAAGCACCUUUUGGUGCAGAGGGCGCGUGAUGUUUUUUUUUCCUCGUCCGCGAGCAGUCGUGUCCAAUAUGGCGUGCGUGUCGUGAAUGAUAUUAAUGUGCAGGUAGCCUCCUGCUCUUAUUAGUUGGACACAUUUUCCUGUGAAUAAGGAAAACAAUGUAAUCACACAAUAAAAUAAUAGCAAAACAAUGUACAAUGAACUACAAUGGAAAUAUGCCAGAUUGGCAUCAAUAUAAUCCCUCGCAAUCAGGAAUAAACGACGUAACAUCUACUGCUCAAAAUGUCAAUUCAGGACACUUAUCGUUUAUUUCCAGUAUUAGUCCAACCUGUCCGCAACAGUUGAAUAGCUUAAAUCUCAGUUCUGAGGGAUUCGAGAAACACCAAAGUGAUCCUAAUUUCAAUCCGAGGCAUUUUCAGUCACAUUUGUCAAGUAACAUUUCGCAUGGGCACAAUGCCGCUGCUGAUAAUACCCCUCUGGCGUCAAUGGUACAAAUGCAAAACUGCAUUGGUCACUAUGGACCUUCGAAUACAAGGAAUCCUAUGGUGGAUAAUUCUAUGGACCCGAGGAACGCCCCAAUAGGCGGUUUAAACGAGGAACUAGGCUACAGAAACAAUCAGGUGCCUUUAAACGGGCCUAUAUCGCAUAUGAAUGGACCAAAUGUGAUGAAUAUGAACGCACCGUCGCAUGGAUCUAUAGGGCCACGAAAUACCAACGUAAAUUCGCAUGCCGCUAGUAGAACGACGGGGCCUCCAGGUCCACCGCCGUCCUAUGUUCCCUGUAAGGGAUUGUGCUGCAAUCCGGAUCCUAAUAUAGGUUAUCAGCAGUGGGAAAAGUACUGCUAUCAGAACAACACGACUUAUAGAGAGAAUAUUCGUUCGUCUGCCGGAUAUCAAGCGGAUGCCCGGCGAUUCAACAGCGAUUUUAACUUCAGGAAGGAUAAUUUCGAUGGAAAGGAGAUUUUACCUGUACCACCUGUUGUACCACCACCUAAUGGGCCUAAUGCGGAUCACCGGAGGAAUUUUCCCGAUUUCAAAUAUCGCAAGGAUCGUUUGCUCACGCGAAAUUAUCAACCUUCCUCGGGCAUGUUGCAGAACUAUCCUAUGCAAAGUUACAAUUAUACGGGAGAGUAUCAGAAAUAUUCCUAUAAUGUUAAAGAAUAUUCCAAGAUGAGCGGUAUGAAUGUAUCGAAUCAGGGAAUAGUUAAACAUCAAGAACAAAGCUUUGCGAUACCUCAACAAAAGUACAACAGUAAGCAAGUACCAUAUCAAAGCAACAGUAGCACUAUGAUGCAGAGCAACAUGCCGUCCGCUACAAAUAUACCGAAUCCGAAUAUGAUUCCAUCCGCGCAGAAUGCCUAUUUUAAUUCACAAUACCCGAGGAAUCUACCGACGGAGAAUACGCAUGACUGUCAAGAGACUGCUACCGACAACGUAUCCAUGAUGAAUAGAAUGCAGGCGUCGACCAUGCAUGCUCCUUCUCAUCCACGAUAUCAAAUAUAUCAACAGAAGAUGGCAAUGCAGAGAUUCUCGAUGGAAAAUCAUCUCAGGGAAUUGGCGAGGAUACCUGGAUACCAAUCACAUCCCAAGUAUAAGGAAUACGUUCAUAGGUACAGAGAAAUAUUGAAGUCACAGCAGUCCAUCACAUAUCAAGGACCAAUUCAGCAGUCUCCACCGUGCGUUACCGCGUCGACUGUCACCAAUACUUCCACCAUUCCACCGAUAAACUUACAGUUUGAUCAAAAUGGCGUUUUAAUAAAUUCGAAUUACAUACCCGAAGCUUUUCCCAGAAUACAACAAGCGCCACCGAUGAAUCCUCAGGUACCAUUGGACAGCUUGGCAGGUAAGCAAGCAGGCAAGCAGGAUAGCAACAGUGUCGAAAUGACAAGUCACAACGUCCAAAAACCGGAGCGAUUGAUCUCUCAGCAGCAUAACAACGGCGGUAUCGCGACGGCCGUUCUGUGCUCGGAAAAUAUUCAAAAACAAGACGAAUAUUCUACGCAAAAAAGUCUCGAUCAGAGCCAGUUUGAGAUGCAGAAAACGGGAAGCGAGAACUUCAAUAAUUUGAAUACAAACGCGGGCAACACGGCUAUACGACAGAAAAUGUCUAAAGAAUUCGCCGAUAAGCCGGAACUGGAUGUACGACAAUUCUUGGCUAAUUGGGACGAGUCGGAAGAUGAGGACGGCGCGAGUAGCAACUUGCCAAACGCUAUUUUGAGCGAUUCGACGCCAAUGGUUGUUGUGGGCUACGAGAACGUGAAUCUUUCGGCGAAAACGUUAGAAGAUCUAAACAGCUCCAAGUCGGCAGAGAUCACCUCGAACGUGAUAACGUUCGAGAAUCAAGGUAAGAACAGUAACAUCGAUGUGCCUGCGCAGGACUGUCUGACGAUAUCGUACUCGGCCGCGGAGGACAUCGAAAUAGCCAAGGAUUCAACGUGCAAGGAAAUUAUAUCGAAGGAGAAUAUUGUACGACCGGGAAGUCAUAUCAUACAAUGCAUAAGCAACGGGCCUAAUGAAGUACCGACGAUACACAUAGUCGAUAAUCUGGAAAUAGGUAGUAUUUUGCAGGUCGCUAACGGUCAAACGGUUGCCGAAACUCUGGAGAGGCAAGAAGCAGUAUCAUUCUUCCAAGAGGGAACUGAAGUCGCAGCGAGCACGAUAACUCUCGAAGUUGACAAGAAGACCGACGGCGAAUCCGCUUCAACCGAAUACAAUGCUGAAACGCUUGAAACGCUGAGCACGGACAUCGUCAAAGGCUCCUCUCCUCCUAAAACAGUAGAAGAUACAUCGCAAACAUCGCAGAUAAACGAUCCAGAAAUGGCGGUCACCUUGCCUACAUCUACAAAUGAUAACAAUUUGGACGUCGCUCAAGACGUGAAUCUGAAGAAGCAAAGCAGUUUUGCGAGCGAGGAAUCUCAUAAUCCGGAUGACAUAAGUCUGCCGGAUCUACCUACAUCCGAAUGUACCCCGAUUUCCACGACGCUAAAUACGCCCAUUCAUUCCGACAACGAGGAGUCGUCGGAAUCUCAUGUCGAUGAUCUUACGAUAUCAACGAAUCCAAUAGAAAUUAUACAAAAUAGUCCCAUGAUAAGUUUCACGCAAUCGCCAACGAACGGAGAGCCCUACGAUCACUUGAGCGACGAGCGGAAUAAAUCGAGCGAUUCGUCAGAAAGUGAAUAUCGAGCUGGGAAUCAUUUCAAGAACGACAGAAGUAAUAACAUGCUGGAUCAUGAUACCAAUGUCGACACAUUUGAAUUUCCCAUAAAUAUUGAUAAGAACGAAUUGGUUGUGAAAAACGAUAAGGAACGUAUGAAUAAAAGUAAAAAUUCGAAAAAUAACAAUGAGAAAGUAUUCUCUCUGCAUGAUGAAACGGAAAACGCGGAGGUCAUCGGUACGCGUAUGACAUUGACCUCUGCAAAUGAAUAUGAAUUAAAGAUUGUGUCAACAGGAACGCAGCCGACACGGGAUUAUAAAAAUUCAACAACCAAACGUCACGAAAAUGAAUCUCAAAACUCCUCGGCAAACCCGGAUGUUCAUAAAAAAUUACAAAUAUUUCCGGAAACGAAUACGAAAACCAUUCGAUAUGCGAAUUCGACGGAAUUAAAUAAUGUUGCAUUGCAAAAUAUUACGAGUGAUCCUAACCCUGUUGAACUUGAUGGCGAUCGAGAUAUUAAUUAUUCCGAAAAGAGAUGUAUGUCGACUUAUCAAAGGAAUACGAUAAGUUCAUUACCGACAAAUGAUGUUGCACCGAGGAAUUCCAAAUCAGCGGUAGAAGAUGGUUGUUCGACGAAGAUUGUAAAAAGUAACUCGUCUGUAUCGCUUAGUACAAAACAUUCGACUUUAAGCAGCGAUAAAUCGAGAAAAUGCGAGACAUUUACGGGUGAUAAAUUUUCAAAAGGAGAUUCCCUUUUAGAGAAAAACAAAACAUCAAAAAUCGAUGCGAAGGAUUCGAAAAAUUCUCGAUCCGUAAAGCUUAUGGAUCAUAAAAAAUCAAUUUCGGACAAUCAAACAUUUUCUCGCAAAAAAAGAUGUUUGUCUGAAAAUACGAUGGAUAAAUUAUCCGGCGAAACAAUUAUACAUCACAAUAAACAUACUCAAGAAGCGCCAAUGCGCAAGGAUAAAUCCUUUCCCGUCGAGAACUUCAAAGAAUCUAAUAUUUCUUAUAAUAAACCAAGAGUAAUUGAUAACGUUAGUAUUGAUGAUAACGGAGAAAGAAUGCGUCUUCUAAAAGAAUACAGAAGAAUGAAGUACAAAUCAUCUACCGUUGGGCUGCAAAAUAAAAAUAAAGAUACACAAGAAAGCUCUGAUACAGCGAACAAGAAGCUUCAUUCUUCGUCAAAUCCUGAAGGAGCAUUGCAAUUAUCAAGCAAUAAACAGCUAUAUCAAAAGGACGUAGCGAGGCUCAAGUCAUCCGAGGAACAAGAGAAAAAACGUGCAAAUAUUUUGAAGACAUUUGUAACAAAGAAUAUAAACCCCGACUUCGCUAUUCAAGUUACGAAUGUCAAUUUAAAACUUAAGGAUAAUGAUCAUCAGAAAGAAUCGCAGCAUUUGGAAGAGGAGGCGAAGAGUAGCGGUUCCCUUGACGCGAUCAAGAUUGAAAUAAAUGUGUCGUGCACGGAACGAAAUACAACGGAGAAGUUUUUACAUGAGAAUAUUAAGAAUGCCGUCGCUGAAACGAUCGGUCACUUGACUAAUUCGAUCUCGAACGGAGUUAGAUCGAAUUCGACAAGUAUAACGGAAAUUCAGUGCGACCAGAAGAUAGCUUGCGAUAAAGUGGCGGAUUAUCGCGACUACGAGAGAUGCAAUCGAUCUCCACCUGUUUUAACGGAAACAUCUACGUAUACUGAGGUUCGCGAGGAUUCAAUCAACACGGAAGUGGUCAAAGAUAAUGCAGUUAGCACUGCAUGUAAGGAAAAUUCGAAUAACGAUGAAACAUCUGGCUCGCUUAAAAGACGAGGCUCGUUAUUGGAAGGAAAAUUAAUCAAUGAUAUAUACGAAAAUAAAGAUAACGUCGAUAUCGAAGGUGAGCCGGAAUCGAGCGUGUCGGAAAUUUCAAAAUCAGAACAGGCGAUCAAAAGAAGAAACCUGCAUGAAGAGUCAGACAGGACAGUUGUUAUCAAUUUCUGUAGCGAGGAAUUGAAAACUUUAACAGAUAAUUUGCCAUGCGUAGGAUCAACAUUGAGGAAUGUCAGCGUUCAGAAGAAGGAGCAUCAGGAGAUGAUUGCCACUUCUUUGUGCAAAAGAAAUGCAAAAAGCUUCCAAGAUGAUAUCGCGUCUAGAUUAAAUGCGAUUCCGUCGACUUCUUCAAGUACAGUCGAUCCCAGUUCGGAAAACAUCAGUUACGACCCCAUGCAUUUCGAUUAUAACCAUUUUGACGUUGCUUCGAACGAUAAUGCGAAUGCCAGUGCAAAGCGGAUGGACAAGUGGAAAAGGCCAAAGCGGGAUGACGGUAGAUUCGGCAACUUUGACCUGUAUGAGACCGCCAGUGGUUACGUAAAUCCAACUUUCUUUAGCGCAGACGAAUUAGAGAACUUAAAUACUGUUCCUGUAUAUACCACUAAAGACGGCAAGAUCACUUACAGUCCUAAUCCCCGAUUCACGUAUCGCGAAUUAAUCAUGGAAGCUCGCGCGAACGAGAAUUACGCGAACGAUAAUGCGCGCGAAUCAUAUUUCCCAAAAUCUCCAUCGUAUGAUUAUUACAAUUGUUCCAAAUUGCGAAAAGUAUUCAAAAGAAAUCGUGACGUCGCUUCCACUACUGGUAGGAAAGGAGAGAUUUCGUCUGCCGACACCAAAUCUGCAUCGAGACAUAUUGAUCAUUUACCGAAUAAAAAUGUUCACAAAAGCAGUCUUUGUGCAAAAACAUCCCGAAAUACAUCGCAUCUAGAAUUUUUCAACGAUGACGCGGACAAAUUGUACACAAGCAAGAGCAGUCAGCAAGAAAGCAAGGAAAAUAACAGGAAGAAUAUCGUGGACUUGAGCUUUCUUAAAGAACACAAUUUAGACAGCGUAACCGCGUCCAGCGUUAAACAUUGUAAGACGAAAAUAUUGACGGAUAAUCUCGCGUACGAGAAAGGACACGGCGAGAGCUCCGUACUCGAUUCGAAUUUAAUUCUGGCACCAAGGCCCUCUUGUUGGGAAGAGACAAUGGAAUCUAUCAAGUCGUAUUCGUCCCAUAUCGACAGGAGGAACAACGAUAAUUUUAAGGAAUUGAAUUUUAGUGAAAUAUUUGCUACGCAGAAACGGUUGGAUUCUUUCCCAUUUUUGCCUACCGAGCAAAAUUCUUCCGACAACAGUAAUCGCAAAGCAAUUUGUACUAUAGCGAGCGAACCAAUAACGCAUCGCUCUACAUGCGAGUAUACCGAAAAUUUAAAUUUAAUUUGGGACAAUGAUUCACAGUGCGAACAAUUGAAUAUUGCCCCACAUAAUAAAAAAGAAAAUGAAUGUAAUAAUCAGAACGAUACAUUAGCAACAGACAUUAAUAAUAAAUCAGCAAGCAUGCUUAAUACAUCGUUGAAUAUGCAAGGAAAUGAUGAAUACGUAAAGAAGCAAGAGUUUCAAUCCGAUGAAAUUAAAUCCAAUAAUUUGUUUAUUGAAAGGGAAUCUUCUCCUAAAGUAGCAGAUAAUUUAUUCAUCGAAAGGGAAUCUCCUCCUAAAGUAGUGAAUGAGAAAACUCACGAUUUGGAAAAAAAUCAAUGUUUUACGAAUUAUAUUAAAGAUGAGGAAAUUUUAACAAGAUCUCAUUUAAUGGCAGACGCUAUUUGUUGUAUACCUGCUUCUCCAAAAGAAGAUAAAUCCAAUGCCAACGAGGAUGCAAACGCGAAACAUGUUUCAAAUGAAAGUUGUGUCGAAGUCGCAAGUCCAUUAAAAUUGUGUAUAGAGUCUAAAAAUAUGCUCGAUGAAUCAAAAUGUACAGAAACAGAAAAAGACUCUGCGCUUACUUCAAAUAAACAGCAUGAGAUCAAUGAUUCGGUGAAAGAUAAUUCGAAUUCUGCAAUAAAUCAGGAACAUCUACAAGAUUCGUCGGUUCUAAUCAAUUGCAAAGAUAAUGAAAAAGAUGCGCCUGUAAUAGAAUUAAAUAUUUCGACGGAAAACGACUUUAAUCAAACAAAUAGUCAAAGUGACGGAGAAAAUUCUGCAGUAUGUAAAUUAAACGAACCAAUUACCUCCCAAAAUCUAUCCGAUACUGUCUCCAUAGAGCAACUGCUUGAUAAAAAAGGCGACGAACAACAAAAGCCGGAAAAUAAUGGACAAGAAGCUGAAGUCCUGUCAAAGGACCAGGGAAACGACGAGGUAGAUCAUUGUAGCACCGCGAUAAUAUCUACACCAGCUGUUGCUUUGAAUUUACCUGCGAAAGAAAAUAUAUGUGAUUUAUUCGCGAAUGAAAAGUACGAACAAAAUAUAUUCGCAAAUGAAAAGCACGAACAAAAUAUAUCUGAGUUUACCGUCAUCAAGAACAUAAUUAACAACGACGAGAAACAACGACAAGAAUCUGAGACGAAUGAAAAUCCCGGGAAUUGCGAUAUAAGUCUUGAUUCCAAGUUAUUGUGCAUAGAUUCUUCCGAUUGUGGAAUUUAUGCGGAGGAUAGAUGUCCUUUGACCCAGAUAUCCGAGCAUGAUUUCAUCGAGGAAGAUAGUAUGGUGCCAAUGGAAUGGGAGACGAGCCAGAUUCAGGAAGACGCAGUCAAUCGUUUAUGCAAUAUUGACGAAACAUCGAUCGACUUUACGGGCGCAGCUAGCUCGCUAGAAGAAGCUAAUUUAUUGUUAGACAACCUGUCUCUCUCGAGGACAUCGAUCACCAAAGAGUCUCAAAUUUCGGAAACAAUCGUCGAGAUUGCCAGCAAGCCGAAUGAUCAAAUAUCAGCGAUCGAAUCGGCGCCGACAAUUGAGGAGAUUAAAACAACACCGACGAGAAAUGACGAGAACAAGGAGCAGGAUCAAAUUUCUUCCAGUAGUUGCGACAAAAUGGCAUACUUGCGUGCGACAGAUUGCAACGCUAAUACAAAGAUCGUUCCCAAACUCGUCAUCAAGAAAAACGAGGCCAGCUCAAAGUUUGUUACAAAGAUGAGUUCCUCUUCCGUUACACAGCUGGAUAGUACGAUUAAUAAAUCGAUCUUCAAGCCGGGCUGUCAACCAAAGAUACCCAAGAUGAUCAUCAGAAAUGCAAGAUCUCGCCCGGGCACACCGUCCAUCGAAGCCGUUCACGAAGAAGUUCCUCCUGUUCAAGUAAAUAUUCCAGAUCGGACUCUACUUACGAACGAAGAAUUGUACGCGAAUGAUUCCGAGGAUUCUCUACAAGAUUCAAAUAAUUAUAGAAACAAGAUUCCUAAAAUGAAAAUCAAACUAGAUGAAAAGCAUUCUAAUAAAAUAGUGAGAACCGAUGAUACGGAGGUUUGCGUUAAACGUAAAAGCAUAAAGAAAACCAUACCAAAGGUAAAGAUAAAGAGUUCUUCGAGAAAUAAUCUGUCGAAUAACUCGGUCUGCAGUAAUAUAAUUUCUCAAGAAUCGAAAGAUCCAAAGUACGAGGAAAAGAUACCUGUAUUAAAAUUAAGGAAGCAGGAGAGAAACAAAUCACCAUCUCCAGAAGUGACGCGGAAGAGACAGAAUUCGUGUCAUCCGGAAGUAGCAUUAAAGAAAUAUAAGAAAGCGGGACGUGACGAGACAGGACACUCAACAAGACGUAGUAAUUCAUCCGAUUCGAUGCGAACGAUCGCGCCGAAUUGCGAAACGAGGAAGAAUCCUUUGAUAUGCAUCUCCGAGAAGAUUCCCAAAGUUAUCAUUAAGAGAACGUCCGCUAGUGCAGAAUUUAAAUGCGAAUUGAGCAAGGGUUGUAAGAAUGUUAUCGCGAAGAGCGCAAAGUGGCAACCGGAAGUCAAGCUGGAGAGAUAUCGAAUAUUGGAUAGCAUGGUGAAGGAUUUAAAAUUAACUCUGUCCCCUAUAUCACUGCAAACUAUAGAUAAAAUAUUUUCAAAUCGCAAGGACGGCGGCCAUCGUCAGGAGAAGAAAGGUGAUUAUAAAUUAUCCAGAUCGAAUUCGACGUCCGACUUGCUUCCGGUCAAAUGUAAACAGAGAAGAAUGUCGGAUUACGAUUGCAGAAAAAUCAAUGACACGUUGAGCUUUGCACCAUCGCGACAUACAGAUUCUAGAGAUGCUAAAACAUGUACCACGCCAAAGAAAAAUCGAGGUGAUAAAUCAACCGACGAAUGCCAAAAGGAUAAUAAACGUAGAUCGAAGUCUCGCGAUAAUAAUCCACGAGUGGAGAUAGACGUUAUUUUGUCCAAUAAAGAAAUUAAUCGAUCGUUCGAGAUAUCCAGCUCGGAGACUAUUGUGCAACGCGACGAACACAAAUCUGGCACUUUCAUCAUCGAUCACGAGCAAGUGAAGAAAGUAGACGAAGAUACAAUGUUUCCAAGUAAACUUGACGAGAAAAUUAUUCUUGUUAAGCAUUCAAAUGAUUCUACAGACUUCAAGCUCGCGUUAAAGGAACUAAAAACAACGUCCAAGAUGGAAACUUGUUUCGUAAAAACACCCGAUUUGAACGAAUCAUUUUCCGAGAAAGUCAAUUUACGAACUGACAAAGAACAAGAGGAACAAGAUGAUGAUGUUUUCUUGGAUAAGGAUAAUAAUAAAAUUACGAUAAAAAAAGAACGAAGUAACUCCGGUGACGUGGACAAUGAUUGCACUUUGCAGGAUGAUAUCAGUUUGCUUAAGGAUGAUUCCGCGAAUAUGUUGGAUAAUUUUGAAAUGGAUAAUAACUCCGUCAUUAAAAUCGAAUUCUCGGACGAGAGUCAAUCUACGAUAGAAAUCCUGCCGGCUUCGCCGAAUGGUCCUAACGAGCUGGAGAGCCACAUGAUUGAGGACGGUGACAGCGAGCAAUUGUAUUCAGCGGACGCAAUUCCGACUCAAUUCGAGUUGGAAUUGGAAAUCACAGAUAACAGUAACACCGAUCUGUUGGACGUACUCAUGCCGAAACUAGAUCCUAUCACUGCUUACAAUUCACGUCGUGUAUCCACCGAAGAGUUUUAUGGCGAUCAGAAAAUAACACGUUGCAAUAAUGGUGGUAGAUCUGUAUUGAAAAACAACUCGGUUGGUUCUAUCACGGAGAUUUCUUCGAGAUCUUUGUGCGACAAGACAGUAACUUCUACCAUGACAAGGGAUAACUUCUGCUGCAACGAUUCCUUGAUAAAAGAAGUUUUGGCGGCUAAGGAAACCUUGAAGAAGUGCCUUUCGAAAUCCAGAUAUGAAAGCCAGAACAACGUGAGGCUGAAGACAGCCGCGGAGAAGAAACAGGGCUCGAGUUUUGAUUUCAAGAGUCUUUCGGAGACAACGUAUUCGAGUGACGCUUCUCAAGAAUGUCGUAACGAUAUUACGUCUCAGAACUCUACAUCCGCAGCCAAUAGAUCUAACAAGACUGAGAAUAUAUCUAAUGUCGAGAAGUCUGAUAAGAAACAUUCCACACAAAAUAAAAAUUCCUUCGUGAAGAGAAAGACAAAAUCACCCGAGAAUAACGAUAAGGCAAAUACCAAAGAGACGAUGGAGGAUACACGUGAGUGCCCUACGAUAUCCUUAAAAGCGUUCAAACAAUUCAAUGAAGUCACGUUGAACGAGAGCCUGAUUCGUACUAUAUACUUGAGUGAGGAAAGAAAAAAGAGUUUAAUGAAACGAAAUGAUCAGUUGCAAGAUAGAGAGGAGAAUAAGCUUGCGUCUUACAAGAUUCCUAAAAUAUCAAACUCUACGAAUCAGGAGUGUGACACGAAUAGUAACAUGAAAGAAAUUAAAAUCAAGGAAGAUAAUAUGCCGAUAUUGGAACCUGAAAUCACCGUGAAUUUUGAUGCGAAUUCCGAUAGAGACAGUUCCCGAUCACCUCCAGUCAUUACAAUCCAAGAUAACGAAGAUCUCGAUAUCACAGAGUCCAAAUUGAUGGAUGACAAAGUCAUAAUGUCGAGCGAUAAAAUUGAGGACGAUACGAAGGAUGUUAAUAAAAAAAGCGAGAUGUCUGUCGUCAAUUUUAUAACUCAAUUAGCUUAUCACGAGAAGGCAACAAUAAAGCACAGACGAUAUUGUAAUCUGUGCGAGAGAUGGUUCCCGACAACAUCGCGGCAUCGACGGCACUUGGCUGGAUACCAACAUCGUCACAUAGAAUUGACACAACGUAGAAGCAUUCACGCACUAUUCAUGCUCUUCACGGGUAAGCCCUGCUCCAGACUACUGCCGGCGAAUGUCGCGCGAAGUGAUUGCUCCGUAGGUGAAUUAACGCCGUUGCAAAUUGCGGUACAGGAUGUCACAAAGAGCUUUGACUGUGCACAGCAAAGUCCUAAGAAGCAGAAUGACGUUGAUACAUAAUAAGGAGUAAGUUAUUUAAACUAAAGAUACAUAUAUGUAUAUAUAUAUAUAUAUAUAUAUAUAUAUAUAUAUAUAUAUAUAUGUGUGUGUGUGUGUACAUAUAUAUAUGCCUACAAUUACUGUGAUCAUAAUAACAUGGCUUACAGUGCAAUCUUCUAUAAACUUCUUAUUCGCGACGAUAAUAAAAGAUGAUACGAAUAUUUUCUAUCGCAGCUAGACUGUUAACAUAAUUAAUAGCUGCUACUGUUAAUGGCGUCAGCAUCGAAAUUUUAUCUACUAGAUAAACGGAGCGCUUUAAAACGUUUGCUGAUUUUUAGCUAAGUCAAAUCGAUGAAUAGAUCAUCAUUAACAGAAAGUUACCCGAGAGAUACUUCUAGCUCGCAAUUAGACGUUUAGCCAAAGACUUUAGCAAAGCUAAAAUAAUACACGUUCGAUUAUUUACACUGUUCAGAAGACUUCGGUCUUUUAUUUGUACAAAGUUUACGAGUGAUUCAAACGCGCUGAAUGUGCUCACUGCGAAUUUUUAUUUAUAUUAUGAAGAGACUUAUAUAUAACACGUAUAUAUACACACAUGGAUAUAUACUAUAAUUAUAUUUGUCAUUCCAGUUUGGAAAAAAUAUGUACACUGAUAAUGACAUUAUGUUAUUAAGAAACGUAUACGGUUAAAAUUAUAUGAAAACCUACGUUUUAUGGUAUAAUCAUAUCUCUAAUAAUAUAUAGAGAUGUUGUACAAGAAAAAAAAAAAUGAAACAUUCCUACAUUAUAUAUAUAGAGAUAUUAUAUCAAAAAAUCUGUGAGCUAUGGAACACACAUAAAAGUGAUUUAUCUUGCAUAAUAGAAAGUUUAUAUAACUGUUUUCGCGAUUUAUAUAUAAAUGUAUAAAACAAUCGAUAUAUUAUCAUUGUGUGUGCGUGGGUGUGUGUGUGUAUGUUGCUAAAAUGCACCUGAAAUAAUCAAAUCUUUUACACUCUUUGUUAUUUCUUUAAAAAUAUAAUUACUCAAAAGUUUUAUUUAAAGUAAUAUUUUAUCUCGUUGUUAUUUUAUUUGUAAUAUUUUAUUGAUGUUACUUUAAAUGUAAUGUUACGUAUCACAUAUGAAAAAUAUGGAGGAUAUAUAUAUACACACCCAUAUAUAUAUAUAAUGUGUGUGUGUGUGUAUAUAUAUAUAUAUAUAUAUACAUUUUUUUUAUUAAAAUGUCUAUUAUGAUAUUGCUGAAUAUUUAUUAAAAUCAUGGGUUAUGCAAAAUAAAUAAUGUCCCAUAGCUCAUAUUGUAGUCGAUGCAAAUACUGUGGCAAGUGUUAGAGAAGAUUAUAAAAAAAAUCUACAUCUAUCGUUAUAUUAGGCAUUGACAAAUGUAUAUAUUGCCAUAACACAGAGAAUCUAUUGAAGCAAAAUCCGUGAUAUUAAUAUUAGAGGAAUUUAAAGUGAGCAGAUUGAGGCCAAUCUCACAUUUUUUUUUUUUUUAUCACAAAUGUGGUCUAAAUAUGUGCACAGUGUUCAAGCACUAAAUAACGAUGCUACGCAUAUAUAUGUCUACCCCAAAAUCUCUGUUAAUAUAAAUUUUAUAGUAAUAGUUUUAUGCUCCCUUUACACGUAUUUCGCACUUGAUUUAAAUUAUUCUAUCAAAGUAUAUAUAGUUAUUGAAAAUAUUGAUUGAUAGUAAAAAAAACAAGCAGUUGAAAAACUGCACUAUAAAUUUUAUUAAAAUAUAAAGGCGGGAGUGAAAUAAUUCCUUAAAGCACUAGUUCCUGGCUUUAGACGGGGUUAUAGAAUAUAUAUUAUAUUUGUUAAGAGGCUAUAAUGAAAUGUUAUAUUAAUACAGGGUUGAUCGAUUAUAUUUGAUAAUCGUUUCACACUAUUUUCUAAUUUAUCUUAUAAAGAGUUUAACAGAAAGUAAAAGUUUCAUUCAAUCUAUUCUAGUUCUGGACCAAUUUAAUCAAAUGUAAUAGCUAGAAGUUUAUGAAUUGUUAUUAUAGUUAAAAAAUCUUUGUUUUUCUUUAUUCGUUUCAAAUGUUUUAGAUUUUAUUCGCACGAGUGCCUUAAAAUACACUUAACAGUAUUCGUUGUAUCGUGUUACAUAUAUAUUAUAUAAAAAUA